CUUCACGUAACCAAGAGCAAGAAGAGGAGGAUUACUAUUCUGAAUGAUGUAAGUGGAAUAAUUAAACCAUGUAGAAUGACACUAUUAUUGGGACCUCCUGGUUCUGGGAAGACAACCCUUUUGCUGGCUUUGGCUGGAAAGCUCGAUAAAGACUUAAAGGUUGGAGGGAGAGUGACCUAUAACGGGCAUGGCCUGGAGGAAUUCGUGCCCCAAAGAACAGCUGCUUACAUUGGUCAACACGAUGUGCACAUUGGUGAAAUGACCGUGAGAGAGACCUUGGAAUUCUCAGCUAGAUGUCAGGGUGUCGGAUCUCGUUAUGAAAUGUUGGUCGAACUAUCAAGAAG